UUGGGGUCACGCUUCGUUCUAACUCAUUGCGGUGAUCGAAGCAAACCAAACUACCAAUAUCAAUAAUCCUUUCUUUGUUCUUCUUUUCUGAGUUUCAGAAUGUCUAGCUGUGGGUGUGGAAACAGCUGUAGCUGUGGCAGUGACUGCAAGUGCGGUAAGUACUCUAUGGACUUGAGCUAUCUUGAGACAACAACCUCAGAGACUCUAGUUUUGGGUGUUGGUCCUGUGAAGCCCACCUUCGAAGGUGGUGAAAUGGGUGUUGCAGCUGAGAGUGGCUGCAAGUGUGGCUCUAACUGCACCUGCGACCCAUGCAACUGCAAAUGAAGAGAAGAUGAAUGUUCCAAGCAGAGAUAACACACUUAUAUUAUAAUAACAAGUGUAUGCUUUGUGUUUUGUUCAAUCAUCAUGGUUUGGAGUUUUAGAAUAAAGUGAUUAUGGCUAUGCCCUCUGCAAAUCCCAAUGUUUUAGGAUUUGUUGCGGGUGUUUUACGCUAUGGUUGCUUUUGCUUUGUGAUUGGUCCUUGGGUCUUAUAUAAAUAUGUAAUUUGAAUCAUUAAUACAUCUCUGCUUAUAAAUGAAAUACUAAGUUUUCUAUUU